UAAAGUUAGAAAUUGAUUCAAAUCUCAAAUGUGAUGCUGCAUUAAAAUAGGAGAAUGCUUUAUGAAGAACAUUUAUGGCUAUUGGAUUCUAAUUUUGAUUAGUAAUUUGUUAAUUCUGGCUUUGAAUGUGAAUCAGAACCCGCCCAUCAUUGUUUAAUUGUUUAAAAACCAUGUGAUCAACCCUAAUUGUUUAUUAAUUCACAUUAUUUUACAGUCUCUACUCACUUCCAAAACUUGUCCUUACUGUCACCAAUACUAUAAAUUAUCUCCCAUUUCUCCUUUCCCUAAGUGAAGAAAUUUAUAAUAAAUAUAGCUAAGUUCAUAUGCAUUUCUACUAAGUGUAGAUAAUGAGUAGCAGUUGUAGAAUCAUUAUCAUUCUUUUCUUGAUUAAUUUUGUUUUUUGUAAUGUGAGCUUUAUCAGCUGUGGGAUCUGCAUUCCUGGUGAAAGAGAAGCUCUUUUGCAGUUCAAGAAUGAGCUUACUGAUCCUUCUAACCGGCUGGCGUCUUGGAUUGACGAUACUGAUUGCUGCAGAUGGAGCGGUGUUGUCUGCCAUAACGUGACCGGCCAUGUCGUUGAGCUGCAUGUCACAAGUCUUUCUGAAGAUGAGUAUUAUACCACUUAUGAUGAUGCUGCCGCUGCUCCUCCUCCUUACAGGGAGUUUGCAGAGAAAUCAGUGUUUGGAGGUAAGAUCAAUCCAUCUUUGCUUUACUUGAAGCACCUGAAAUAUUUAGAUCUCAGCUACAAUAAUUUUGGAGGAAUUCCAAUUCCAAAAUUUCUGGGCUCUAUGACAAGUCUAAGAUACCUUAAUCUUAGUGGAGCAGGAUUUGGAGGAAUGGUUCCUCAUCAACUUGGAAACCUCUCAAAUUUGCAAUACCUAAAUCUCAAAGGAGAUGAUUACUUUUAUCAUCCCAAAUAUGUUGAGAGCUUAUAUUGGCUUUCUAGUCUUAGAUCACUAGAAUUCAUUGACCUGAGUAGCGUGAACCUUAGUAAAGCUUAUGAUUGGCUGCGCGUGUUAAAUACGCUUCCUUCACUUGUGGAAUUACACUUGUCAGGCUGUGAUCUUUAUCCGAUUGAUCAUCAUCUUCCCUUGGUUAACUUUUCAUCCCUUGCAAAACUUGAUUUAAGAACUGCUUUUCAACCUCGUGAGGGCGUAGUGCCCCGUUGGAUUUUUGGCAUUAAAACUUUGACUUUUCUUGAUCUUGCAAGGAAUUAUUUCCUUGGACCUAUACCUCUUCAUAUUCAAAACUUAACCUCGCUGAUACAACUUGAUUUAUCACAUAAUCAGUUCAAUUCUUCCCUACCAGAUUGGUUGGAUGGUGUUUCCCAACUCGAGUUUCUUUACCUUCAAUUCAAUAUGUUAGAAGGUAGAAUUCCAAGCAGCCUUGGGAAUUUGACUUCCCUCGAUACCAUUUACUUGUCCUAUAAUAAUGGACUCAAAGGAGGAAUUCCAGCAUCAUUCAAAAAUCUUUGCAAUUUGAGGUCACUUGAUCUAUCUUUUUUGCAAAUGUUCCAAGACAUUAAUGAGGUAUUAGAAAUUCUGUCAGAGUGUCCCUUCCUCAGACUGGAGUCGUUAUUUUUGUUUUCCUGUCGCUUAUCAGGUCAUCUCACCAAUCAUCUUGUGGAAUUGAAGAAUCUAGUCAGCUUGGAUCUUAACGGUAAUUCAAUUUUUGGUCACAUUCCUGAGAGUUUAGGGGAGCUGAAUUCCUUACAUUACCUCAACCUGGGGAACAACUACCUGAAUGGAACACUCCCAGACAGUUUUGGAAUGCUUGAAAAUUUAGAAAGGAUAGAUUUAUCUCGAAAUGCAUUAGAAGGAAAAGUUUAUGAAACUCAUUUCACAAAGCUCAAAAAUCUAAAGAGCUUUAGGGCAUCUGGGAACCAUCUAGUUUUUAGAGUUACCCCUGAUUGGGUUCCUCCUUUUCAACACAUUGAAGAAUUAUAUUUAGUGUCCUGCCAUGUUGGCCCUUUGUUUCCCGCAUGGCUUCGUCCGCUUAAUCAUUUAAACAGUCUCGACUUGUCCAACUCCAAAAUUUCAAGCACCCUUCCUAUUUGGUUCCUUAACAUGUCUCUCUCAGCUGUUGUUAUCAAUCUCUCUCAUAAUCAGAUGCAUGGAAAUAUUCCAUACAUCAACCUGAGCUCUAGCAGUGCCAUUGAAUCUCAAGGUUCAUACAUUGACUUGAGCUCAAAUCAUUUUGAAGGUCCUCUGCCUCAAGUGUCUUCCAAUCUCACACAAUUGAAUCUUUCCAACAAUUCAUUCACAGGGUCAAUAUCUAACUUUUUAUGUGGUAACAUGCACGAGGUAAAUGCUAUGGCUUUCCUUAACCUUGGGAAAAAUCAUUUAUCCGGUGAGUUGCCCAAUUGUUGGGAGAACUGGAAGAAUUUAAGAUUUCUGAAACUAAGCGACAACAAUUUCAGUGGGAAAUUUCCUCCAUCGUUUGGAAUGUUAACAGAAAUCGAGUUUUUGGACAUCCACAACAACAAUAUGUCUGGUGAAAUACCAUUGUCACUUCAAAGUUGGAACUACUUAUAUGUACUUGACUUGCGUGGAAAUGGAUUACGAGGAGAUAUCUCAACAUGGACGACAGGAGAACAACUUCCUCAGUUAGUAAUUCUCAAUCUUCGUGAAAAUAAAUUUCACGGCAAGAUAUCCGAAAAAUUAUGCCACAUGACGUCUUUACAAAUUUUGGAUCUUGCUGAUAACAAUCUCAGUGGAGCUAUACCGGAAUGUAUCAGUAAUUUGACUGCGAUGGAAACAGGAGAGGGCAGUGGACAGUGGACCACUGGCUGGAUUACAGGUUCAGUUAGCGUUAUAACGAGUUCUGCCAUUACGAGCAAGGGAAGAAGGUUGGAAUAUGACAGCAUUCUUAUUUAUGUAAGGAGUUUAGACCUUUCAAACAAUAAGCUGACCGGUGAGAUUCCUGAAGAAAUAACAAGCCUUGUACAGCUACAAUCUUUGAACUUGUCAAAUAAUCUUUUAAGUGGGAGAAUUCCAAAGGAUAUGGGUGCUAUGCAAUCAUUGCAAUCUCUUGAUUUUUCUCAAAACCUACUUAUUGGUGAAAUCCCACAAAGCAUGGCAAGCUUGUCUAAGUUGAGCCGCUUAAACUUAUCCUAUAACAAAUUGUCAGGAAGAAUUCCUGUAAGCACUCAGUUAGGAAGUUUGGAGGCCUCAAGUUUCAUCGGCAACAACCUUUCCGGACCUCCGCUUACUAAGGACCCGAGAGACGCUCAUACAGUUCAGAUCGAUAAAGAAAGCAGAACAGCAGACGAAGAAGCUGGAGUGGUGGAUUGGUUCUACGUGUAUGUGAGCAUUGCUCCGGGAUUUGUGGUAGGCUUUUGGGUUGUAGUGGGUCCUUUAGCUUUUAAUAGGCAAUGGAGGGAUUUAUAUUUUGCUCACUUAAAUCGGUUAUGGAACAAAAUUUUGGAAUGCUGUAAUUGUAUGUUAUGAUAAAUUAAAAUUGCAGAGCCAUAUGCUGAUAAGAAUGUACUUGAACUUGUGUUUUCUCUUUUA